AUGUCGAGAACAAAAAAUGCCGAACAAGCGGUCAUUGAGAGACGACUAAAGCCACUUUAUGAAUUAAUCGAUAGUGGAAACUCGAAAAGAGCUGUUCAAGAGGCAGAAAAGAUUUUGAAAAAGCACCCGGAUCUGAUUUGCGCAAAGGCUUUGAAAAGUCUUGCAUUGCUGCGACUAGAACGAAAUGAUGAGGCUUUCACGAUUAUCAAUGAUGUUGAACAGCUAGCAAAGAAACAAAUUCUCGAUGAUGGAACAUUGAAAGCUCUUUGUCACUGCUUUAAGGAAGCCUCAACACCAGGACGAAUUCGCUUGUUGUAUGAAUCUCAAGUGGAGCUUAAACCUACCGAGGCCACUUUGGUUCAUUUGUUUCUCGCUUAUGUUCGUCUGCAUGAAUACAAAAAGCAACAGCAAAUUGCGACUCGUCUGGUGAAGGAAUUUCCUAGUUUGAACUUUUCUUUAUGGCAAGUGGCAAGUGUUUUUAUGCAGGGGAUUUCUGAUCCGAUAAUGGGCAAGAAGAUGUUUCUCCCGCUUGCUAUGAAAAUGUUAGAUAGCUUGAUGGCCAAUCACGGUUUACUCUUUUCAAUAAUUGAACUAUACGAGUUGGUUUGUACCGAACUAGAAGAUUACGAAAAACUGGAAAAAUUGAUUGAAUCUCCAUCUUACAAGGAAACGUCGGGACUCUCGGAUGACGAAUUUUUCAUGAAGCUCAUCGAUUGUUAUCUGAAGAGAGGAAAAAUCGAGGAAGCUUUCAUUCGUUGUUUUACAUUUGUUCUGGAGAAUGAGGGGGAUGUAAACUUUUCUUAUUGGAAUCUCACUUACGAUUGUAUUUUGCAAUUCCUGCAUACAUCUUCUAGUGCAAUUCAGCAAGAAACCUUGGAAAACGUGUGCUUGAUUUUGAAAGAACUCAAGCAACUGAAGCCUUCAAAUCAGAAUAUUAUUCUGGCUGAAAUCGAAUUAUUCAAGAGGGUUCGCCAAAGCAAUAACAAUGAUUGGAAAAAUUGGAUAGUGGAUGAAGAAGCACACUUUGUGGAGAAAUUGAUUCGUUACAUUUUGUUGUUUUUCAUUCAGCCGUCUUGUUACAAUGAUGUCCGACUGUGCUUAGCUGUGCUGUCACCGAAAGAGUUAGCGACUCUGCUCCAUUUUCUGGCUUCAGUUGAUGUUUGGCAAAUUCUACCACAAAAAUUUGAUGAAAACUCACAACUUUGGUGGGGAAUUCUUCUUGGGCAGAUUUUUGCCGAUUACUCGGAUGAAAAGCAUGUCGAAAAGAAUGUUGUAUUCUUGAACAAUGUCCUUGAAAAGCUGAUUGAGGAUGAGGAUGAACUGGUCAAAGACGAAGAAGCUGUGACAACCAUCAUACAAAUCAUUAUUUCAAUGACUUAUAGAUUGUUUACUUCAACAGGUGAUGUCCGGCUGUUCUACGAUUUGAUUGCGCUCUUGGAGGCGCUAAAUGGAAAAUUUAAGGAAUUGACAUUGAUAAAGCUUGCGCUAGCAUGCCUUUGCAAGAAUGCCUUGUAUUCCGAUCGAUUGAGAGAAUUGGUGUCUGAUCUGGAGAUUAAAAACGUCUUACGCGAUACGAUCGGAUAUUUAUUUCAUCCUGUUCUUGACUACACGGGGCAACUGAAGGCUGCGGUGAAACAUCAUGCGGACACCGGUACCUUUUACGAUCAAGCCGAGAGAGAUACGGGCGAUUCGUUGGUGUUGACAUAUCAAUCGUUAAAGUUUGAAAUGCUGAAAGGGAUCGUCGAGAUGAAUCAUCGAUUUAAUCAAAGUCUGGUGGUUACCGCAGCUGAUGUCUCGAAUCGGUGGAUUUCAGCGAUUUUCUUGCUCAACGAAAAUGCUGACGUUUUACAAUAUUUUUGCGGCGAUAAAGAAGAAUUUAUUGGUUGGGAGCGUUUGGUUGACAAUCGUGAUAUGACAAUUUCUCCAUUUUAUCAACAGGCUUCACCACCAGAGCCUACGAAAAGCUUUUUGGAAAAAAAAGAUUUUUGCCAAAUUCGGGAUGAAGUGAUGAAAGCCGCUGAAAUUUUGGGUAGUCCUUCGAGGAGGGCAGAGAAAGCUCUACCACAACUAACGCUUACGAAGAAUUUGAUCGAAAGAUUGCGAACUGUGCACAAAAUGUCUUCUGAAGAAGAUGAUUAUUUCUCGUCAACCUCAAGUUCUCAUCUAACGCGAUUUUUACAUUCACCAGCAUUUGAUCUGAUGAUCUUUGUUCUGCAAACGUUGACUGACGUCUCAAGUGUUGGAGGACAAGAUAAUAAAUUUGAGAAAAGUCAUUUUGAGAAAAUCAUCCAAGAUUUUGUAAAUACUGCUGAGACUCAAGCGAAAUCUAUUGUGCCUCAACGGGUAUUAUAUGACUACAGUUUGAAUUUACAAGCCUUGGCUUUCUGCAAAAAAGUGAUCUCGCUUUAUUAUCACGGCCAGUCUGUUAAAGAAAAGAGUUCCUUGGAAACAUCGUUGCAUGAAGGUCUUUUGAAAUGUCAAAAAGUGAUCGAGGAACAGUUAACAAAUUAUAUUCAGAAAUUUGAUCUAGUCAAUUCUCAAGCGGAAGCUUCGACGAUCUGGAGUCAACAAGCCAAAGAAUUCAUCCGCGCAACAAAAUCGCACGUCUGUGAGCAACUCAACGCUUACUACAAGGGACGAUUCCAUCAAUUAAAAGAUCAUGUUUUU